AUGAGGCCUGAUCUGUACAUUUUGUGGUUUGCCGCUGCAUCUGUCCCUGUGUCAGGACGAACCAUUUAUUCUGAAGAGCUUGGGUCUGAUCUCUCAGCAAAUGCUGCGCAUCCUCAAUCAGACCGUUUUGGCCUUGAGAAGCGACAAUUUAGGCAGCAUAGAGUAAGGGUCAACUGGAUCGUCACCCUGGCUCAAGCAACCGACCUUAUCUUGAAUGUUUUUGUACAAACCGACUCGAACGGACGUGUCUCUAUUGUUCCAGAGCAAGUGAAUCUAGGUUGGAUUCUGAGUAACCCUCAGGCAACUGGCGGUUCCAACGAGUAUGCCUCUAUGCUGAGCAUCGUUCGACCUUGGGGAAGGGCUACUGCCCAAAUUUUCUGGAAUGCAGUGACGGGGUCCUGGAUUGGUGUUGUGAGUGACGGUGUUGUGAACGAGAGGGGUCAAGAGAUGCAACAUUCUUUAAACUGGUGCAGCUGA